AUGGCACAAGUCGAACCAUAUCUCAAGCAAGACCUACUCAUGGAGCGAACAGUCACUGAUCAAGUCGCAAAGCAUCAGAAGUACCCAGUGGAAUGGUACCGAUCGACCUUUUACAAUGCCCUAGUGCUCGGUCUCUGCAACUUCUGUGCGCCCGGGAUAUGGGGUGCAAUGAAUUCUCUAGGCGGAGGCGGCGAAGAGUCGCCAUGUCUCGUAGACACCGCCAACGCCCUGACAUUCUGCCUCAUGGUUCUGGCCUGCGCCCUCUCUGGUGUCUUCGUCAAAUACAUCGGCAUCGAAUGGACUCUUAUCCUAGGAGCUGCAGGCUAUUGUCCUUUUGCCGCUGGUCUGUACUGUAACAAACGGUACGGCACUAGCUGGUUCGUCCUCCAUGGUGCCGCCCUGUGUGGCCUUGGGGCAGGUCUUUUCUGGAUGGCCGAAGCCGCGGUAGCCAUGUCGUAUCCUGAGCCGCACAAUCAAGGUAAAUUCCUGGGGCUGUGGUUGACAUUCCGCGUGGCAGGACAGGUACCUGGAGGAGCCGUCAAUCUGGGUCUCGACAGUGACCGCAACCACGCAGGUGCCGUAUCGUAUGGCGUCUAUGAGGUGUUCAUUGCACUGCAAGCUGCAGCACCGUUCGUUGGCCUUCUACUCACCUCUCCGGCCUGA